CGUGUCGAGACGCCAUUGAGUGAGCCACGCUAUUUAUACUACCUACUAAUUUUCCUCUGCUCACAGAUUCUCGGUCAGUUCCUCUGUCUCGUUCUGCAAGUUCCACAACUCAACUCCACCAGAGAAGAGACGCGGCAGCGCCCUUUUUUUUUUGCCAUUAGCUUCUAUCUCCGCGCACAGAGGCAGAGGGAGAAAAGAAUGGGUUGGGUUCGGAAGACGGUGGAUUCCGUCAAAUCCUUGCAGGUCAAGCAAGUUCUGCUUCGCGCCAUCGGUCUCGCAAUGGUUUUUACGUCGGGGUUGAUUCUGUGGAAAGCGCUGAUGUGCAUGACGGGAACUAAGUCGCCGGUCGUGGUCGUGGUUUCCGGGAGCAUGGAGCCCGGUUUCAAAAGGGGUGACGCUCUGUUCUUGUACAAGAACAAAGAUCCGAUUCGGGCAGGGGACAUUGUGGUAUUUAAUGUUAAGGGGCAAGAUGUUCCUAUAGUUCAUCGCGUAAUCGAGGUUCAUGAGCAACAAAGCAAUGGGGAAAUAAAGCUACUGACUAAAGGGGAUGCAAAUGAUAUGGAUGAUAGGUUUCUGUAUGCUCGUGGUCAGCUAUGGUUGAAGCCACAGCACAUCAUGGGCAGAGCAGUCGGGUGAGUCAGCACUUUCUUUACCAUUCAUUAAAAUCCCAGGAGCACAAAUUGCUAUGAGAAGUGGAUUGGUGUUCUCACUGUUCUUUAUAAUUGCAGGCUCUUGCCUUACGUGGGCUGGGUGACGAUCGUCAUGACUGAGAAGCCUGUUUUACAGUACAUACUCGUAGGAGCAGUGGGUUUGCUGUUCUUGACUUCAAAGGACUAGAACACGAGAAGAAGCUGAUUGACCAUAUUUGCUACGGGUUCACAAGCUUUGUAGCACCCCCCUCGAAUGAUGUAAUCUUGCCUCUUAGUUUUGCAAGCUACUCUAGUUAACUACAGACCAAUCUUUCACUCCAAAGCCAUUGGAAAGCUAAGUAAGCAUUCCAUACUAAGAACUGCCAAUUGGCCGAAAACCUUGUAUCAUAAGAUGCAUAGUCUAUACUUUAUAUCAAUCA